AAACCCAAAGUCGUUAGAAACAGGAGCAGAUGUACAGGGUCACUUGACUCAUACUCAAGGUUGCAUAAGUAAGAUUUCAAAAUUAGUAUUCUUCUGAAGACUUCAACCUAGUAGGCAGCAUUCCUGGCUGGAAACGAACUGUACCAUUGCUGGCAUAGGGUGUUUCUUUUUAAAAAAAAUUUUACCAUUACUUGCUCGUGUAUCUCCGCCUUCUUUUUUGUAGGAAACAUUUCCUUCUUCUGAAGUUUCUACCUUCAGAUCUCUUUGGUUCAGUUGCUGGGAAGCCUGACCCUCCAGGGCCACUGGGAUAAGCCAUCCACUGGAUGCAUCCUGACACUUGCAAGGGGCGCCUUGCCAAGCAUCUGCUGCGCUAGGAGCUCGGUGGUGCUGGAGUGACUGGGGAGAAGCAGGGGCGGCGGCAGUUGGGAGUUGAGAAGUCAGUGCAGGACAGAGAAGAUGGGGGACAAUGACAUGCUUCUCCAGUUCAGCCACCACAUGCUGUCCACAUCUCAAACUCUGUUCACAACCAAUAACCAGGGCGGCAACGAUGAAACCACCACCAUGUUCGAAUAUGAUGACAGUGAACCCUGCCAUAAAUCGGAGGUGAAGCAGAAUGCAGCCAGGCUCCUGCCUCCCCUCUACUCCCUCGUGUUCAUUUCCGGCUUCCUGGGCAACCUGCUGGUGGUCCUCAUUCUCAUCAACUGCAAAAAGCUGAAGAGCAUGACUGACAUCUACCUGCUCAACCUGGCCAUCUCCGACCUGCUCUUCCUCCUCACCUUCCCCUUCUGGACCCACUAUGUGGCCAACGGGUGGGUCUUCGGGGAUGUGAUGUGUAAGACAGUCACGGGGCUCUAUCACGUCGGUUACUUUGCCGGAAACUUCUUCACCAUCCUCCUGACUAUCGAUAGGUACCUGGCGAUCGUCCAUGCUGUGUUUGCAUUGAAGGCCAGGACAGUCACUUUUGGGGUGGUGACAAGCGUGGUCACCUGGGUGCUGGCCGUGGUCGCCUCUCUCCCAGGGUGUGUUUUUAAUGAUUUGCAAUGGGAAGAUUCUUUUCAGGCCUGCAGACCUUCUUUCCAACCAGAGUGGAGGAAUUUCCAUGCAAUCAUGAGGACCAUCUUGGGCCUGGUCCUGCCCCUGCUCGUCAUGCUCAUCUGCUACUCCGCCAUCCUCAAGACCUUGUUCCGCUGUCGCAAUGAAAGAAAGAAGCACAAGGCCGUGAAGCUCAUUUUCGUGAUCAUGAUCAUUUACUUUCUCUUCUGGGCGCCCAACAACAUCGUCCUGCUCCUGAGCACCUUCCCGGAUUCCUUUGGCCUGAAUAACUGUAGGGCCUCCAGUCAGCUGGACCAAGCCAUGCAGGUGACGGAGACCCUGGGGUGGACGCACUGCUGCGUCAACCCCAUCAUCUACGCUUUCGUCGGGGAGAAGUUCAGAAGGUAUCUCUCCGUGUUUUUCCGAAAGCACGUCGCCAAACAUCUCUGCAAACAGUGUCCAGUGUUCUACAGGGAGACCGCGGACCGAGUGAGCUCCACGUACACGCCUUCCACAGGGGAGCAGGAGGUCUCGGUCGGCUUCUAAACGGGGAGCAGUCUGCCUCUGACCAUUGCGGGGGGCGGAUAUCUGUACCUGAUAAUAAGCCUCAGGACUCUGUUGAAAAAGGGAGGCCAUGAGCCUCUCAGGCAAGCAUGCAGGAGACUCAGGGUGUGAGCACCAAAACAGACCUUGUCCCUCUCUGUGCGGCCAACAUGCCCUCAGGGAACAUUCCAGAACAGCUGUGGGGGGAACUGUGAGUCUCCUAAGUGCUCCUCCCAGUUCCUGGGAAACGCCACCUCUGGAAAAUGGUUAUGCGCUUCUCCCAGCCCUCACCUGCGCCUCACUUGCCCUGCAAAGCUCUCCUUCUGGUCAGGGGCCCAGCUGGAGGCGGGGAGGGGCUGCUGUGGGGGGUCCCAGCCCUCCCGGGAGGAGGGAGCUGCAGGCAUGGCCGUGCCCAGGUACGGAGGAGGGAAGGGCUUCAGCGGCUCAGUCCCCAGCCCCCGCUCCCACCAGAUUUACCCAGGAAGGUCCCACCUGGUCCCAGAGAGCAUGGGAACCAUAAGAACUCUCCAAGAGCUUUGCUUUGGGACCAAUCCUCUUCGGAGCAAGCACAGGACACACUUUUGCUUCCUUAGACUUAAUCUGUGAUAACCACGCACCCUGCAUCUGAAAUCUAGCAAAUAUCAUGCCCCAUUGUUCACACGCAUCUCAUUCCAUAUCUUCCUAUGUAAAAAUGUAGGAACAUUUUUUGUUUAUAAAAUAUGUGUAAUCUAUAAUGAGAUGAAAAAAUAAAGCCCUUGUUGGGUCUUACCAGAGAAAGGCGGGGGGUUACAGGUAGUGACGGUAAGAAGGAGUGAAGGGUUAGUUCCUGCAUCAGGAGCUCAGGGCUGUAACAGCAGCUCAGGAGGGUGUGUGAGGCCCCUGGCCCAGCAGAAUUUCCAGAAUCAGCUGGAAGCAGAAACCAGGAGAGGUGCAUCAGAACCCACAGGGGCCUUGUGUCUUUGCAUCUUGCUGCCUGUCCCUGCUUCAUGUUGCCCUGGCCCCGUCUGCCGCCCUCCCCAGGCCUCACCACAUCACUCUUGCCCAGAGGAUUGCCCAACCCCAGAAGUGGGGUGUGGAGGUCCAGGAGAGGUAGCCUUGGGGAGUAGAAAACGGUGGAACCAGAAGCCUUCAGUGGGCCCAAGAGGCGGGGAGCAGCAGGUGUGGGCCCUGGGGUGUGCCUCUGGGACAGAGAGGGGCCCCGAGGACAUGACAGAGGCCCCCGUCUUGGACGUCACAGGUGACAUACGAAGGUCAGGGUCUAACGGGCCAGGCGGGGCAGAUGACUCUAGAUGGGCUGGGGAAAAGUUUUCCAAACUGCCUUCCUGCACCUUGUUUUUGGAUACAGGCAUAGAGUUCAGAUAUGUAAACAGUAAUAAUAAUAAUAUUAAAGUAAACCUGAAACUACAACUUGUAAAUGGGGCAAAGUGUUAUUUUAAGAGUUGCUAUUAGGUCAAGUCUGAAAAUACUGUAUUAGUCACAGAAUUUGAGCUUCCAUUUUGAGCUUAAAAUGUUGGCGGAUGCGGUAUGUUUGGGACACUACCAAUGCGGCGUAAAUAGUUGUCGGUCAGGGAGGCAGGUGGCUGUGAUCUAUGGGCGCUAGUUUUUGGUGUCUAGCUGGUAUCACGUGGAUCGCAGCACACACCCCACCACUGCCAUCUCCAUGGUGUCUUUAUUCUCCCGGACUUGCUGCUAUGCAUCUCUUUAGUGUCCCUAUGCAGCCCAGGACGUCAUGAGUUUAAUCACGUGUGGAUGCUUCUGUGCUUUGUAGAUACCUUUAUGGACGCUCGAACUGUCCGGUUUGGAUUGGGAGUGCCUAUAUGGCACGGACCCCUAAUCAAACAUGGAAACCCAGUUGGUAAAGGAGGGGACUUGGGUCACUUACAGAAGCAAAGACUUUAUCUUGGUGGAGCCACGGUAUGAAAUGACAUGCAUGUUACCCAGUGCAUUUCUGAUCUGACACAAGCAAGAAGCACAGGGCUCCUGGAACCUGGCCACUCGGGAGCUGGAAGUUACUAUGGUUCUACUUUCCUGCUUCAUGGCCAAAGAAGGUUCCAGAAAGAAGUGGCAUGAGGAAAGCAUGCUUCACUGUCAGGUAUUGGUAUCAUCUGAAUGAAUGUAUGAAGUUUUGUUUGGGGGAUGAAAUGUAAAUAUUGGGGUUUUUAAAACUAUGAUUUGCAAAAUGAAGCAAUGCUCGAACUAUAUUGUGUUUUAAAAAUAUAUACCUGGGGGGCGCCUGGGUGCUCAGUCAGUUUAAGUGUCUGACUUUGACUCAGGUCAUGAUUCCGCGGUUCGUGAAUUCGAACCCCAUGUAUGGCUCUGUGCUGACAGCUCAGGGCCUGGAGCCUGCUUCAGAUUCUGUGUCUCCCUCUCUCUCUGCUUCAUCCC